AUGCUCAAUCGGCGGCGUGCAGCAGCGGCAACCGCCAUCUCUGAAUCUGCCCUCGUGGAGGAGCGUCUUGCUGCAUUUGCACCCCAUCACCUGCCCGCGCUUCUUACAGGACUGGAUGCGGAUGAGGUGCAGGACGUUAUUCCCGGGGAUUUUUCUCUCACGGAGCGUUCCACUCGCCAAAAGGUAAAGUCAACGCAGGUUAUUCUUUUUCUUUGCUUGAAUAUCGGCAGUGAUCCACCGGAUUACCCACGAAUCGAACCGUGCGCGCGACUGGAGUGCUGGAUUGACCCCCACGUGGCGCAGAUUUCCCGUUUUGCUUUAGAAGGUGGUAGUGACUCUAUCGCUGAGAUCCUGGAACGUCAGUACCGCUCCCAACAACGAGAUGCCGUCUUUAAAAGGGCGGUGGAUGCACACUUGGAAGAGGCCAAGCAUCUCAUGAUGUCGUCCCGCAGAAAGGCUGACAAGGGUAGGGUGCUUUUGCAUUACAAUGGUCAUGGGAUGCCCCGAGCGACGGAAUAUGGUGAGAUUUGGUUUUUUGACAAAAAUCGAACGCACUACGUACCCAUUAACAUCGUUGAAAUGUCACAACUUCUUGAUUCGCCAACACUAUACGUUUUAGACUGCAAUUCUGCGGGUUCCAUCUUGCAACACUGGUACAAGGAGCGUCUUCAUCAGACAAGACCCCAGGAUAUGUUUUUUUGCGCAUGUAGUGCUGGAAGCUUUCUGCCGCUGAAUCCGCAACUUCCUGCGGACGUGUUGACUGCAUGUCUCACAACACCGCUGCGAAUGGCACUGGAGUGGUAUGUCAAUUUUUCUCAUCGCAAACAUUUAUUACCACAUGUGACGGCUGAAAUGAUAAAUAACAUUCCAGGAGAACUUUCAGAAAGGAAAUCACCUCUGGGGGAGCUUAAUUGGAUUCUUAUUGCCGUGACUGACACCAUUGCGUGGUGUAUGACUCCUCCGUCACAAUUUCAUCAACUUUUUAGACAGGACACGAUGACCAAGGCGUUAUUUCGUAACUUUUUAUUGGCUGACCGUUUAUUGCGUGAAGUGGGAUGCGUUCCUGUGGCACAUCCGCCCAUAGCAGAACAAGCUCAUUUGCAUCAUUUGUGGGACCUUUGGGACUACACAUUGGAGAGGGUCAUUUCCCAAUUGCCAGAUCUUCUUACCCCAGAGCUAACAGUGAAUCCAAACUACACAUACAAACCCUCUACUUUUUUUAUGGAUCAGUUAAUGGCAUUUGAAGUAUGGGUGGAAUCUGGAGACUUGAGAGAACAACCUGAAGAACUUCCAAGCGUCCUUUUGGCACUUACACAGAUUUCAUAUCGUGUGCCCGCAUUAAUACUGUUGGUGAGGUACCUGGAUUCCGGUGUGAGUGCUGGAAGGCGUGCGAUUCAUUGUGGCAUCUUACCGUACGCCAGCAAGCUUCUUGUUCAGACACCAGAGGUAUUUUUAAUUGUGAGUGUUCUUUGGAUGCAGUUGAUAAGGGCAUCUAUAAAUCAAGGCACGGAAGAACUUUUUAAAUCACGUCUAGAGAAGUAUUUUAUUCGUGUUUUGCAAUUGGAUGAAAAGAAGACAAAUGUGGUUCCCGUAGAAGAUGGCCGCACGGGGGCCUCCGUUGUAAAUGGCAGUAACUUUUUUCAAACCGGUGGCUCAACGGCGUCAUUUGUAGAAUUAGGUGACGGUGUGGUGGGUUCUGCGGCCACGCCAAACGGAGACACAAAACAUUACCUCAUGAAGGAUCUGGAUCUACACCGAUGCAAGGCCAUGGCAUGCUACGUUCUCUGUCAAUUGAUGAAACGCGGAGGUGAGCAUCAAUAUUUGGCGUGUUGGAAUAAUCAAUUAUUAAACGCUGCUUUUUUUCUUUUGGUCUCACCGAAUGCCGAGGUCCGGUCAUGGUCCUGCUUGGUGCUUGCACAGCUGUUUUUAGGCUUGCGCCAUGCUAAGGAUUUUGCCGCAAUGGAAUGCACCUCGCGUCUAGAUCUUUUUACUUCUCUGCUGCAGGACAAGUCCCCCAUUGUACGCAGCUCUUGCGUGACUCUGCUAGCGUCGUUGGUGGGGUUCCGUGUCGACGAACUUCCUGUUGAGCGGCAGGUUCGCCGUGUGCAGAUGGAAAAAUCACUUCUUAUUAAACUAAGAGGCUUUAUUUUUGACGCGAGCAUGAGUGUGCGGGAAGAGCUGAUAUUUUUUGAUUCUCAAUUGCUUUUUCACUAUGGGAGUCUGGUGCCUUCCUUGCAAUGCAGUACCAAUCCGAACCGAUACAUGGAUUACAUUCAGGAGGUUGGUAGAAAUUCUCCAGGGUGGAUGGUGGAUGAACCCGAUGUGCAGAUCACGUCACAGUUAAGUUCAUCGCGUCCCACAAACAAUAGUCGUUUUGACAACACCGUGAUGUUCACGACUGGAUUUCUCUCACGAGAUGACCUUUCCCCCUCUGCUGAAAGGUUCUGCCUGGACGCAAUCGAGCCUAAGGUGCUCAAGCUACUCCGGGAGAUGGUCCAUGACGCGGCUUUGAUGUUAUUCGCACUUUACCAUACAUGCGAUGCAAGUAAAGUUGUGGCGGCCAUAAAUGUUUUUAAGAACCAAAAUUUACCCCAAUCUCAUCGUUUUGCAAAUGAGGCCCUUCGAAGCAUGUCUCGUGUUGUAUCUACCGAUUCCUCAUGCUUUCUAUCUGAGGCCGAUCGAGCACGUUCAACAAGGAAUGCGGAUAGUAUGCGACAGUUGGUUCUAGAGAUGCAGGACAGAAGGCUGGAACCAAUGUAUAGUUCUAAUAAGAACAAAUCCUCAAAGGCGGAGGAUAAUGGGACUGGUGUGUGGAAUAAUGGUCUCUCGACAUCAGCCUUUACGCGUUAUCAAGUGCUGUCAAGCUUGCUUCCUGGCGAUCAAAUCAUUUCUACAGCCUUCCGUGCCUUGGAACCCACAAUGGUUUUGGCUACAAAGAAUAGACACAUUUACCACACUUCAUAUGAGACAUAUAGUACUCAAACACAUGUUCAUGGGUUCUCCGUUCGUCUUUUUGCCCCGUUACAUGAUGUAUUGGUUGUAAAUGACUUAUCUGAGCAGGCUGGACUGUUACUUGUGACUAAAGAUGGGGGUUUUAGUCUUUUAAGAGGAUGUUGGAAGGAGGGACAGGGAAUGCCAACGGAGGUUGCUACAUUUUCUGCAUGUUCUCCAAGGGGACAUAUAGAUAUUAAGUCUGUCUAUAGAUCCUACAAUGCAAAUCUCCUGUACGGGGGACCGAUUGGGAGUAAUGGUGGUACCGAGAUUCAUGUGCUUUCCCUGGAUGAGGAACAAGUCAUUCAGCGGCUAAGGGUUUCUGGUGAUCCUACCCUUACAUCAUUGACAGCACAUACAACAACACGUGCAAUAUUUGCUGGGUGUUCGGAUGGAGCGGUGCGUUACUACGAUGAUCGUCAGAAGCAGGGUUUUCUUGGCGUUAUAGGGAUGCUGAAUUGUAAGGGAGCUUCAUCUUCGGUCAACUCUUCCUUUUCUUCCUCUGUUGAAGCUGUUGUUGGUGUUGGUCCCGUUGAGGUGGGAACCGGCGCACUGACGUUUGCCACGGCAACUCGUAGUGCCGUGCGUCUCUACGACAGUCGCAAAUUCACAGAGCCUUCACUCGAGGUUGAUAUUUUUUCGUUUUGUGGCGGUCAUGGAGGGUGGCCCUCUGUAAGUAGAUCUCCUUCUAUUGUGGCUUUUGCGACGGGUGUGCAUACCGGGUUGUUGGGAGCGCUUCUUUCCGAUGGCAGCUACCUUGCCCUGAAUGCGCGGGGACGGAUACUGUUGGAGAAACCACUCAAAGUUUCAAACACGCAGGGGUCGCUUUUGCCAGGAAGUUUUGUGGUGCAUCCGUUGCGACCCUUCAUGUCGGUGGGAGGGGAGAUAUUUUACAUGCAGUGA